CCACAGGUUCUUUUCCUUUUCUUGAUUAUUCCCAAUCUUUAUGACACCACAUAUUCCAUCUAAUUUUUAGAUUUUCAUUUUGUAUAUAAAUUUUGAUUGAUGUAAUAAAUUAUGCAAUUAAAGCUGUUAAGUUUGAUGGGUUUGCAUAAAGUUGUGUUCUUUAUCAUCUUUUCACCCAAUUAAGGUUGUUGAUUUUGUUGGCUUUUGCAUCAAGUUGUGAUCUUUAUUAUCUUUUCACCCAAUUUAAGUUGUUAAUCUUGUUGGGUUUUGCAUAAAGUUGUGAUCUUUAUCAUAAUCGCUGCAAAUUUAAUUGUUAAUUUUGUUGGUUUUGGAUACAGUUGUGAUCUUUGUAAUCUUUUUAUCCAAUUAAAUUGUUGAUUUUGUUGGGUUUUGGAACAAGUUGUGAUCUUUAUUAUCUUUUCAUCGUUUUGUGGCUAUGUUUGAAGUGAUGCAGAUUGGGAAAAGGUGAUAUGGGUUUGUGGGGUUGGAUAUUUGUGAAUUUUCUUGGUAGUUUUUUUUAUAUAUGUUUGCUUAAGUUAGAUUUGGGUCAAGUUUAAGUGAUUGAUAUGAGGUAGUUGAAGUAAAGUUAGUUUAAUUUUUAUUAAUAAGAACAUUGGGUUGAGUUUUAGGGAUCUUCUUUUGGUGUUAUUGAGAAUAAUUUGGAUUUGAGAAAAGUAUAGAUAGUUAAUCAUAGCUUAAAGCUUGUGGGUUGUUUUGAUUCGGAGAAGAUGGUUGUUGAGUCCAUUGGUGCAACGUCUCUUUUGAGGCACCGUCCGGUAUUUGGACUGCAUUAUAGUAAGGAUACUGGAGGUAGACGGAAGGUAGUUAAUAUAGUGAGGAUUCCUCGGACUGAAUUUAUUGGUCAAAGGUUAGUUUGUUCUACUUCUCGAGGAGUGGGGCCUGCUCGUCCACUGACGAGAAUGGCGCUGGUCAAAUCUCAAGCUAUGGGAUUGGCUCAAGAAGCUUAUUCUUACAAGGAUGAGGAGCGGUUGCCUAGGAAUUUUAAUAUUGGGACUGAUAGUGGUGUUGAUCGUAAACCGGGAAUGUGGCCUCCAGAAAAUAAGGCUGAUAAUGCUGCACUUCAGAAUCCAUUGCUUCGACAAGAAAGGAUGGGUUGUGGGUGGUUAGGUGCUAUAUUUGAAUGGGAAGGAGUUUUAAUUGAAGAAAAUCCCGACCUUGAGAAGCAGGCUUGGUUGGCUCUUUCUCAAGAAGAAGGAAAAUCACCACCACCAACUUUCAUCACUCGGAGAAUUGAAGGUAUGAAGAAUGAGCAGGCAAUUUCUGAGGUUCUAUGUUGGUCGAGAGAUCCCUCUCAGCUAAAGAGAAUGGCCUCAAGAAAGGAGAAGAUUUAUAAAGCUUUGCAGGGAGGAAUAUACAGAUUUCGACCUGGUUCUCAAGAGUUUGUCAAUGUUUUGAUACAUUACAAGAUACCAAUUGCCUUGGUAUCCACCCGACCAAGGAAAACUCUCGAGAAUGCAAUUGGAGCGAUUGGGAUUGAAGGUGUUUUCAGCGUGAUUGUAACAGCAGAGGAUGUGUAUAGAGGAAAGCCCGAUCCAGAAAUGUACAUGUAUGCAGCACAGCUUUUACAGUUUCUACCCGAGCGAUGUAUUGUGUUUGGAAACUCAAAUCAAACUGUAGAGGCAGCUCAUGAUGCAAGAAUGAAGUGUGUCGCUGUUGCCAGCAAGCAUCCUGUGUACGAACUUGGGGCUGCUGAUUUAGUCGUGAAGCGCCUAGACGAGCUUUCUAUUGUAGAUCUGAAGAACCUAGCUGAUAUUGAUUCUCCCGAAUUUGGCGAGCCAGAGUUGGAAAUGGAGUUGGAGGAAGAGGCCGAUCCAUCCUCAUCUUCUUCAGUAGCAUUUGAUGAUGACUUUUGGUGAUCGGUACGCGAUGUAUAGUACUCCAACUGAAUUCUUGAUUUUAAGUGGUGAUAUCUACGACAUGUAUAGUGCAACAAUCUGAUUCUUGAUUCUAAAAGCCCAAUAUUGACUCCCCUUUGUAUAAGUAAUAAAUAGGGGAGAGAAAGUAACUUUGUAAAAACAAAAUAUGCACUGUAAUAGAAGAAAGAGAGAAAAAAAAAAAAGAACUGUUCAGCAAGUGAAAACUCUUGAUGCCAUCAGUGUUAUGUAGUUAUGUAUAGUAGAAUUGUAUUUUAUGUUAGUCGAAAACUGAAAUGCAGAAUUUUCCCUAUUUGUUUGAUC